CUGUGGCUUCACCUCACUGAUGAACCUCCCAAAACUGCCUGUGAUUGUCUCCUCAGUGGCGGGCUGCUUCGGAACUGCAGAACAAACAGACCAGAUCGAGGAGGAUAAAGAAAAACUAGAAUGUUUAGAUGUUUUUCAAGCAGAUUAUUUUCUUAAAGUGUGUCCUGCGCUUUGAUAACCAGUUCACUAUGACAUCAUUAGAUGGUUUUCCAGCCAGUUUUUACAGUGAGCCAGGUGUGCUCGGUAUGCUGUCCAAUGGAAUCAGCGCUUUCAUCGUGCUUUUGCAGAACUUCCACAGAGCAUACACCGGUAUCCCACCUGUAGGGGUGGAGGACAUUCUCGCAGGUGUUCAUCUCAUCGUGAUUGGGGGGAUAUGUCAACUUGUGGCUGGUCUGCUUUCCUUUCGAAAAUACGAUCAUCUGAGCAGCACCGCCUUCAUUGGCUAUGCUGCUCUCUGGAGCAGUUAUGGUGCCACCAGAAUCUAUAAUGGUGCAGUCACCAGCACACCAGGAACAGCAAUCCUGCGACAGAUGAUGAACAAUAUGUCACUGCAGACUGACGUGAUGAUUCAUUUGCCUCAGAACGACACACACAAAUACCCAGUUUGCCAUUGGUGCCUGUCCAUAAAUGAGUCAGCCAUCUCUGGUUUGAUUCCGUACAUCCUGCUCUCAUUUCUUCUCGCUUUUUGUUCUGCCACAGUAAACUACAUCAUGCCCUUUGUGUUUGGGGCCAUCACGGCCACCUUAGUUUUCGAAGCAGUGAGUCUGGUGGCAACCUCUUGGGCUCUUGUUGUCUCUGCUGUUCUAGAGUUGUUCAUUUUGAAGUUUGCUAUCUACGGUUCAGCAGCACUGCUCAUCAAAGGUCUGGCUCAGCGUUUAGUCCUCAAAGGCUUCGGCAUGCCCCUCUUCAAUGUUCUUCUACUGGGAACCUCCAACUCAAGAAGUGCCCAAAAUACUGACCAAGAGAAGAAGAAGAACACAAAAUACGCAGAGCCCAUGGCUUUGGGUUUCUUCUGUGACACAGUUGCUCCUUUCAUUUUAGCUUUUUAUGACUUUGGGUACAUGGGCUCCUUUGGCUUAGGAGUCACAUGGGUCUCAAUCAUCUCAGCUGCCCAGCUGUUCUCCAGUUACUACGCCCAUCUGCGCCAAGAUUCCUACCACACCACCAAAUUUGGUCUUCAUGCUUUAUAUUGGCUGAUCAAGGCUUGGGAGGCAUUUGUGGCUUCUGUUGUGAUUGCGCAGGAGAAUGACGUGUCCUCAGGCAGGGAAGCGAUGGUGGGAAACUGGUUCUUUGUGGUAGCCACCUUGUUGUUCUGCGUGGCAAGCAUGAACACAGACAUCCUGGAAGUGGUCCACAAUGCAUCCUUUCUCCUGCUCACCAUCUCCUCCAUCCCCCAAAUCCCCAUGAAGGUUUUCUUCUUUGGUAUAGCUUGCUCGCUGUUCGUGGGAGUCUCCCUUUACGGCACCUUCGCACGUCUCAUCAACAGUAUAGCUGAGAAGUCUCUAAUCCCUGUGGGCUCACAGCUUGUUGUCACCAACAAACUUUUGAAGGUUUUCAACUGCAGCAAGUCCAGCCUGUCCACACAGGGGGAACUACACCAGACUGAACAGACUCCAGAUGCCCUCUUUUACAUCUUAAAUGGCAUUGCUGCUCUCUCGGCCCUCCAUGAUAGUGCAUCCAGCAAUAAUCCUUUCUUCCUCCACCUGACUGUGCCUUGGGUCCUUAUCCCUGGAAGCAUCAUCCAGGCCUACGUCAGCCGUCUUCAAGUCACAAGAGGCGGCCAGUUUGGUUCGGUCAUCUCGUCCUUUUACGUGGCAGUAUGGGCUGCCUGGACCUGGUUUCGGUUUGCAGGUCCCAUCCUUCAGCUGUCCCGAGAGGCACCCUCCGGUUUUGCAGCAGCAGCUGUUGCUUCCCUCAUCAUUAAUGCGUUGCUUAUGCUGAUUGCUGCCUACAGGAACCUGGUUUUGCUGUUUCUCACAACAGUUAUGGAGGUUGCACUGGUCUGUUUUUUGCUGUCCACCUUGCAGAAAUUGCCCAUCUAUUUAGAAAUGGUCAUGCUUGCACUGGUUUCAACAAUUUGCAUUUAUGGAGCUCUGGCAUCCUUGAUGAACUGCAUCUUCUCAAAACGAGUUCUUCCUCUGGGCCCUGCUUUGUUACAGGUACAAAAGAAACAGGAGACGGCUUCAGAGUUACCCUGUCCUGUGGCUAAUUCCAGACUAACCAGCGGCCUGCUUAAGAUCGCUGGCCUGCUGGAGGAGGGAAGAGUUUGCGGGAUUCCCACAGACACUGUUUACGCCUUGGCUGCCUCCUGCAAGAAUCCACAGGCCAUAGAGAACAUCUACAAUAUUAAAGACAGACCAGCAGAGAAACCCAUCUGCAUCUGCAUCUCCAGUGUGGAGCAACUGGUUGCAGCCAAACCUCCAUUCAGCCCCUUGCUUUGGGAGUUCAUGAGGAAUGUGUAUCCUGGAGGCAUCAGCUGCAUCGUUAGCAAAGGGGACUGGCUGUUCAACCUGGGAGUGGGACCAGCUUAUGACCGUGUUGGGACCAGGGAUAGCAUCAUGAUCCGUGUCCCCAACCACACUGUGACCGCCCACCUAUGUGACCUCACUGGGCCCCUUGCCAUUACCUCAGCCAAUCCCAGUGGAGAACCAGACAGCACCCAUCACAGCAUGGUCAUCAGUCGACUGGGAGACAAGAUACAAGGAGUUCUGUGUGAUGGGGAAUCAAGUGAAAUAAUUGCUUCCACUGUGGUCAACUGCCAGAAGAUUGAUGAAGGAACCAUCUCUUUUGUGAGAGAAGGCUGCGUUCCUGCAGAAAAGGUUCAGCAAAUCUUUAACAGAGUUAAAAACAGCAUGGUGUGACGUCGCGGACCUCUGUGCUGUCAUUCCGGGCACUUCUGUAGGUCGGGGAAUGCACAAAAUGUUCUUCAGCUUCUAAAUUCCUACAAACUCACACUUUCUGAAGAAUAUGUGAAGGACUGUGUGAAAACUGUGGAUGUCUUUGAUAAAUGUUGUAAAACGUAUAAAAACCUCAGUACUAAAGGCAUCACUACUACUUCAGCAAAGUGAAAAUAUGUUGAUCAGGACUUCUGUUAAGACCAAAACUGUGAGCUUGAAACAAUUACAAAGCAUCAUUAUA